AUGACAUCCAUACAUGUGGGUGGCUUUUUCUCCAAAUAUGACGUUGACGCGUCCUUGGAUAACCAAGCUAGGGCACUUCACAAUCUGUGGUCAUGGUGCGAUAGAUUGGACAAUGAAAUCAAAGCUAUCAAUACGAGGAAAAGCCAAGGCAAUAAUGCACCAAACGAAGGAUCCAACGCAGAUGCCCAAUCUCUUUCAAAAAAUCUUAAUGAUGUUGCUGCAGAGAACGGUCACCUGCGCGAAAAUAUAGCUGCUCUUUCUACGAAGAUAGAUCAGAAUAUUGCAGAGAUCAGUCACUGGAAAGCAGAAGUUGAAGUUCUACCCACCAAGUUUCAGGAUUUCCUCGGUCUAGAGGUCAAUACUAUGAACGCAAAGUACCAGGCCCUUUCUACAAAGAUUGGCAAUGGUCUCAAUGACAGUCCACCAGCUGUCAACCGGGGUCUUGCUAUGGGGCUAUCUCUUGGUCUCGGCAUCCCCCUAACCAUAGCUAUUGUUUUCCUGUGUACCAUUUGGAUUCAUCGCAGAUAUCCAUAUAUACCACAACACAUGAAUAACGAGGAAGCUGAGAACUAUAUCAAAAUACACAAGGCAACACGGCAGAAAACCUUGACUGAGAAGCUCUGCGAUCUUUUUGAAGCCAAGGGUGUCAAAAAGAAACCCGUUGUCCCGGAAGUCUAUGUCAUGAGCAACGCUCCCACACAAUGA